GUGUCGAUUGCAUUGUAUGACACAAGGACCAUGACAAUUUGAUUGUGCCAAUUUAGUUUGUAUACAUACCAAGACGUCUUGGAGAACGAAAACAUUCAUCUUUUGGAAACAGAAAAAAAUUAUAUCGAUAAGAGCUUGAUCACACAGAUGUUCAUAUCUCCGACAUCAGAUGGUACUAUUUAUGAGUGGAUGGCUCCAAAUUCUCAAAUGUUGUGUGCAAAUUUCCAGUGAACGGAAUUAUUGCAUUAUAUCAUUUAUUAGGACAUUGGAUACAUUUCAACAUUCUGUAAUCAGAGAGACUGCUGGUGAAAUUUGUGUCCUUAUUUAGUUUUCACGUGAAACAACUUUCGUUUUCGAUACACGCAACAAAACGGAACGUUCUCAUCCACCGCUCUCAGUGUCGACAGAUUAUCAGACAUGCAGAAGGUUUAUUUCUUUGUGCCUAAUUUGAUUGAUUAUGUGCGGAUUAUUUUAACUCUAGCGUCGUUUUACAACAUGACGCGUAGGCCACUUCUUACUGUUGCACUUUAUUUCACCGGUGGAAUAAUAUUAGACGUUGCAGAUGGAGUAUCAGCCCGAUACUUUGAUCAAUGUUCCAAAUUUGGAGAGUUGUUGGAUGUUCUUCUUGACAGGUGUGGUAGAAUAGGAAUGAUGAUGGCAUUGUGUACCUUCUACCCUCAACACCUGUUUUUAUUACAGCUGCUGGUUUGCUUAGAAGUCACAGGGAGUUUUGCAAAUCUUUACAGAUGUGCGCUAAUAACACAUUCAGUUGAUGUUUCUGCAAAGACACGCUCGCAAGAUCCAUGGCUGGUGAGGAUUUUCUUUAAGGAACCCAUUACAACACUAGUAAUUGUUGGCCAAGACGUCUGUGUUGCUAUGCUGUAUCUCCUUCACUUUUCUCCAGGACCGAUGGUUUCCCUUGGUGGAACCGCGCACAGUCUUUGGAUGCUACUGGCUCAGAUUUGUUCUCCUUUUUUAAUCUAUCGUCAAGUGAUUGUCUGUUUCCUUUUGCUCCUUCGAUCACUUGGUGACUUAGCUGAACUGCAUCAUCAGCAACCGAGAAGCGAUAAAAAACCUAAGUGAUAGCAGUAACGCAAGUAUACAUUACUGCGAUCAAGGAUGAAAAUA